AUUUUUAGGUUAUUUAAACUUAAAAACGUCAACACAACAACACAAACGUUGUAACAAGUGCACGUAUAACGAGAACAAACGGGUAAAAGUGUAAUUUUAGCUUAAUUUACAAAUAUUAUAAUGGACAACGUAAAGAUUGAAGACCUAGAUUUGUAUGAGAUUCUGGAAGUAAACCCCAACAGCAGUGUUCCAGAGAUUAAAAAGGCAUACAGGAAAAAAGCGCUUCAAUGUCACCCUGACAAAAAUCCAGACAAUCCAAAUGCUGCAAAAGAGUUUCACCAGUUAUCGAAAAUUCUUGAAAUAUUAAUUGAUGAAACUGCACGAAAAGCAUAUGAUGGAGUUUUAAAAGGACGUAAGGAAGCGGCUUUAAGGCACAAAGAACUCGACAGUAAAAGGCGUAAAUUAAAAGAGGACUUAGAAGCUCGUGAAAAACGCGCCUGUGAUUCCAAGAGAGAGAAAACAGCAGAUGAAAAACUUAGAGCGGAGAUUGAAAGGCUUCGCAGAGAAGGGUCCAAACAAGUCGAGGAAGAGUUAGAGAGAAUUCAGGAGGAAAUCAGAGCACAGAAGAAACAUAGAUCAGAAAAUGAUCUGAUUGAUCUGAUGAGCGCUAACCAUAGAAUCAAAAUCAAAUGGUAUGUUGCCAAAGGUGAUGGCACAAAUGGGGGUUACACCCAUGAAAUGUUGCACCGAUUUUUAUCUAAAUAUGGAAAUAUUAAUGCUCUGGUGGUGUCGGCAAAAAAGAUGGGAAGUGCGCUUGUCGAAUUCGAAACAAGAAAAGCAGCAGAAAUGGCCAUUGAAAUGGAAUGUGGCUUGCCAUCCAAUCGAAUCAAACUGCAGUGGAUAAAUGUGCCCCCAGGAAAGCACCAUAGAACCCAGAGUACCCUGGUGAAGCCGUCAGAUUACGAAAGUAUCGUUUUAACCAAAAUGCGGCAAGCGGAGGAAAGGCGGCGUUUAAUUGAGCAAAUGAAGGCAGAGGAUGGAGAUGAUUGAUAAUUCGUGUAGAUUUUAAGCUAAAUAAAUUGUUUUUGUUUUCGAA